AUGGGUGCCCCUGACAUUGUUGCUGGAGGGCAGACGGCAGGCUCUGAGAGUCGGGAUUCUGACAUUAUCACGGUGCAAAACGAAGAUGAGCUGCGUUUGGCCCAGAUGGGCCACAAACAAGAGCUCGCGCGACAUUUCUCCGUGUGGAGUUUGGUCGGACUCGCAGCCAACUGUACCAUCUCCUGGACAGGUUUGGGUCUUGGUUUGAUCACAGCUAUUAAUGCUGGUGGCCCUGGUGCUCUGAUCUACGGCUUCAUCCUCGUAUGGAUUCUCCAAUCUUUCGUCGGCGCCUCUCUCGCCGAAUUUGUCUCCGCUUAUCCAACCGAGGGAGGCAUGUACCACUGGAUCGCUGCCAUCGCUCCGAAGCGCUAUAACAGCAUAUUGAGUUUCGCAACAGGGUGGUCCACUGUCUUCGGAUGGAUCUUCACAACUGCAUCCACAAACUUGAUCUAUGCAACCACUGUAAUGGCUAUGAUCGCUCUUUAUCAUGAAGAUCUGGUUGUGAAGCCGUGGAUGACUUUUGUCGCCUAUCAGAUUCUGAAUAUCGUGACUUCCGGCGUUGUCAUGUUCGGAAACCGAUUCAUUCCUGCGAUCAAUAAGUUUUCGUUGAUAUAUCUGCAACUGGCUUGGUUCAUUACCAUGGUCACCGUGGCCGCUGCUGCGCCCGUGCAUAAUGAUAGCAAAUUUGUUUUCCGAACUUGGAUCAAUAAUACCGGAUGGGACAACAAUGUCAUGUGCUUCAUUACAGGCUUGGUGAAUCCGCUAUACUCGCUCGGUGGACUGGAUGGCAUCUCACACAUCACCGAAGAAAUGCCUAAUCCCGGUAAAAACGCGCCUUUGGGUCUAGCUAUUACCCUUUCCAUCGCGCUUGUAACUGGAUUGGCGUAUCUUCUCACUCUGAUGUUCUCGGUCCAGAACUACAACUCAUUGGCGGAUACACAGACUGGCCUUCCUUUAGCUGAGAUCUUUUACCAGGUAACUUCUACUAAAGGUGGUGCCUUCGGUCUGGUUUUCAUGGUAUGGAUUGCAUUGGGACCAUGUGUGAUUGGGUCACAGCUCAGUACCGGGCGAGUCUUUUGGGCCUUUGCCCGCGAUGAAGGUCUCCCGCUUUCAAGAGUGUGGGCGCGUGUUCACCCCAGACUGGGUUCCCCUUUCAACGCCCAGCUCUGUGUCGGUGUAAUUAUCGCACUGCUAGGUCUUAUCUACCUAGGGUCCACAACCGCAUUCAAUUCGAUGAUGAGCUCCGCUGUUACCAUCAAUAACCUCGCCUAUCUUGUCCCUAUCCUGACGAAUGUUAUUCUUUUCCGGAAAACAAUGCAGAAGGGUCCAUUCUAUAUGAGCCAGGUCACCGGAAUGACAGUAAACAUUAUAUCCGUCUUGUGGCUAGUCUUCGCUAUCAUUUUCUUCUCUUUCCCAUAUGAGAUGCCUGCGACAUCAUCAAACAUGAACUAUACUUGUGUCGUUAUCGGUGGAUUCCUGCUGAUCGAGCUCGCGUGGUGGAUAAUUGCGGGCAAUAAAUAUUCACAGACGGUGCAGCGCGCCCGGGAAGAAGAACACAAUGCAUUGAUGAUUGUGGACGAAGCACAGCCAAAAGCAUGA